AUGCUGAAGAUAAUAAGGAUGCGACCCCGCGCUAUGAAGAAUGACGGCCGCGUUCUCAGUCUGGUGUAUUUUGUCCCACCUACAAUGUGUCAUCAUCUGGUCCGGGUGAUGCGUAACAUGACCGAUUUAUCUUCAAAACUUUACUGUGUAAUUGUUUUCUUUUUGUUGUGCAAGACGAAAACGUAUCCUCUAGUCUCAAACAUCUGCACGACCACAACCACGCAGACAUUUACAGGUACGGAACAUUUAUCGAAAUCGAACUUUGAAGAGAUGGAGAACCGAUUGUCGAGUCUUGAGCGAAGACUGCGAGCGGUCGAGCAGCCGGUUUGGCAGAUCGGUCUGAGGGAAGAAGACUGGGAGAUUUGCGCCGAAGGACCGUGCAAAUGCAUACCAGAGGUGAAAUCGGUGUCCUGUUGGAGAUACGAUUUGCUUGAUUUACCUCCGAUACAACUGGUUCCUGCCGAUGUAUUGAAACUGGAUCUCGGGAAUAAUCGGCUUAACGCUCUACACAGAGACACAUUUAGGAACAUGACGCGGCUGCAUCAUUUAGAUCUGAGCAGCAACUUUAUCGAGCAUUUAGCAGCAAACUUGUUCCUGUCGCUGCAUAGUCUCGCAAAUGUCAGGCUUAGUAACAAUCUGUUGAAAGAGAUACAACGAAAUCAGUUCUUCGGGUUAAGGAAUCUUCGAAUACUUGAUCUGUCAUCGAACAAACUCCGUAGUUUGCCUGAAGAUCUCUUCUUGAGGAACAGACUUUUGGCUUUAUUGGAUCUCUCAUCUAAUCGCAUAUCAACGUUAUCUCCUAACGCGUUUCGUGGUCUCGGAAAUCUCGAGGAACUGUUGCUCGGUAAAAACCGGCUAAUCGAAUUACCCGUUCCAAUUUUCCGAGAUACGAUUAAUCUCAGACGCCUUGGACUCGAGGAAAAUCGUCUGAGAGAGCUGCCUAAUGGUAUAUUAAAAAAUCUAACUUCUCUCAAAGAGUUGGAUAUGAGAGAUAAUCGAUUAACAGAAAUAUCUAAGGACUUAUUGUCGGCUCUUGUGCAGCUAGAACUUCUGGAAAUAUCAAACAAUAGAAUAUCUCGUAUUGAUACAAAAGCCUUUCUCAGCAUGACAGCGCUUCGAGAACUUCGACUAGGACAUAAUCAUAUAAAAUACUUGCCACUUGGAUUGUUUAACAAUUCUAUGUCUUUAGAACGUCUUAUCCUCUAUAGCAAUCGUAUAGAAAUCUUAAUAAGAGGCGUCUUUUGCGGAUUGUAUAAUGUCACCUCUCUUUUCUUGCAAUCUAAUCGAUUAAAAAUAGUGCAAUCAGGAGUUUUCGAGGAUACGCCAAGAUUGCAGAAGUUGCAAUUGGAAUCAAAUGACCUCUCUUUUUUGCCAGCUGGAAGUUUGGACAUUAUAUCGAUGAUACAACAAAUACGUUUGAGUCGAAAUCCUUGGCACUGCGACUGCCGUACCUCUUAUAUCGCCUCUUGGCUGCGAAGAAGAUUCGCCAGCUUUGCGAAUCUGACCAAUCCAUUGCAAAUACAACAAGCUUUGAUAUUAACGGAAAAUUGGAGCAUCUGGGAAUUUGGGGCUGGUGCAACUUGCAGAGGCCCUGGUAUCCUAAGUGGUCAAUCGCUGCUGCGUCUGACCUUUCACGAGCUUUGUGAAGGUCAAUGGGCUUCCAUGAAGGGUAUCGUACCUCGGUUACCUCUCGACGUUAUAGCACCAUCUCUUACGCCAUCGCGUGCAAUCAGAAAAAACACAAUUUUGUCAUGAUCUUAGUAUGAUUUUGAUAUAAUUUGAUUAAAUAUACUUUAGGAAACAAUUAUCUUUAUUUUACGAUGAUGUAAUAAACUGAAAAUAUAAAACGGAACCUCUAAGAAAGUAUAAAAAUACAUUUUUGAACUUUUACG